AUGGCAGCUAUGAGCAAGAAUAUGGAUCUGGCAAAACAGGCUAAGGUUAUGAGAGAGUUCCAAAAGCAGUCUGCGCAAAUGGACAUGACUGUAAGUUGUGAGCAGCAGGUAUGGUAUCUACACUAUAAAACAAACACAUCAUCUGUGAUUCUAUCAGCAUCCAAGUCAAACCAUCUGCGCAGUUCUGAAAUGGAUGAUCUGGAGAAGCGGUUGGCGGCGCUUAGAUAG